AUGGCUGAUCAAUAUAUCGAAGUAUCUGGUAGUUCAGAUAUUAAUAAUUAUGCUAAUGUUUCAUUAAUUAAGUAUUUCGCCGAACAUACUUGCUUGUGGGACAUGCAUCUGAGAACUCUAAUCAUUAGCGCAGAAUUAGAGGUACAAGGUCAAGUUAUUAUUUCUGAAAGUGUUUACGAAGAGGCAUGCAUCAAGGACGUUAAUGAUGGGUUAAAUAAAACAAAUAUCCUAAAUGAUCAAAACUUCAGAAGGUGGAGGAGAAAAAGAAUUAGAAAGUGUAAAAUCCAGAUAAUUAAGCAAGCAUUUGCUCAAGUUCAAGAUGAAGUUCCUGAUUCAUCGAUUUUCAUCAUGUUACUUGCUCGAGAUGCUUGUAAUCUUAAAGUUCAAGUUUUAGCGAAUCGAUACGGAAAUGCGAUCCAUUAUUUAGAAGAGAUUGUUCAGUUCAAAGACAUCAUCAAAAGAUCAUUUAAUAGGCUUCCGUUACGGUUGCAAAACAAGAGACAUUUGAAUCAAAGGAAAGAGCUGCUGUCUGAUUAG